CGGGACCCAGUGAUCCGCCUCGCGUCGGGCGGGUGAUCCCCAUCUGACCUGCUGCUCGUGAGCUGCCGACUGCCCUGCCGGGGCGCGCGAACCUGGGGGGCCGGGCGGCGCGGCGAUGACCUGAUCCCCAGCCCGCCAGGGCGCCCCCUGCUUCCUUCCCUCCCUCGCGAGCCUGUGCGGAGACCGGCGCGGCGGCGCGGCGGCCCUGGGCGGACCAUGGCGGGGAGCUCCGGGUAAGGGCGUGUGGGCGCCGAGCCGGAGAGGACACCUUCGGCAGGCAUCGCUGCCUUUGGAGAGGGGGCUUAUUUAAACUACUGAGUCAUUCCAGAUUUAGAAUUCCCUAAAUAAUCACCAACUGUGCCCGUCUCGUGUCGGAAAGCAAGCGGAAAGAGAAAGAGCGCCCGCUCCUGGGACCCCGCGCGCCGCCUGUCGCGGGUUUCUCCCGAGGGUGCUUGGCCCUCGAGGAUCUCCCUCCCUCUCCCCCUCCCUCGUGCCUGCCCUCCCCCUCCCUCGCCUCCCGCUCUCUUUGCAGGGCUGCUGGAGGAGAGUCCGCUCACCGCAGCUGGAAACAGCUGCCUGAGCCCUGCUCCCGGCGCCCCUGCCCGGACUCUGCAAGCCGCUCCCACUUCGCGCCUCUCGGAUUCCAGAACUCGGGCGGCCGGGCCCUGGGGAGCCGCAGCCGGCGCGAUGCAUUCCGUAGACCUAACCCAGCCCCAGCCGGGACGGACCUCCUAAUCUCCAGAACCGCGGGCCGCAGGGAAUUAAAUUGCUGCCUUCCUCUCCUUCUCUCUCUUGCGGGGCACGGCUUGUUAUUUUGGACAUUCUUUCCACUUGGAACCCCGAAAGCAUUGUGACCAAACUUCCCACUGACCCCUGGACUUGGAUCGCCUCGGGGUGCAAGUUUGGGGUGCAAACGUCUACUUCGCAGGAAGGCCUGGGACCGCCCCGCCCCCGCCGCCAGCAGUUGGGCAAGUUUACAUCUGGAUUUCCACACAUUUUGUUGCCACUGCCCGGGCUGUGACUAACCUUGUGUGCGCCAGGUUUUCCGUAUUGCAGCCUCCUCAGGCAUUAUUAGCACUGCCGCCCCGCGUCUGUCCCUGCCCUCGCGGCCGCCACGGUCCUGCCCUCGCCCCGGGGGAGCGCGAUCCCGAGGGCGCAGUGGAGACUGGGGCCUGGGGCCCGAGCUGAGCAGCGAUGGCUGCGGCAAUAGCCAGCUCCUUGAUCCGGCAGAAGCGGCAGGCGAGGGAGUCCAACAGCGACCGGGUGUCGGCCUCCAAGCGCCGCUCCAGCCCCAGCAAAGACGGGCGUUCCCUGUGUGAGAGGCAUGUUCUCGGGGUGUUCAGCAAAGUACGCUUCUGCAGCGGCCGCAAGAGGCCGGUGAGGCGGAGACCAGAACCCCAGCUGAAAGGUAUUGUGACAAGGUUAUUCAGCCAGCAGGGAUAUUUCCUGCAGAUGCACCCAGAUGGUACCAUUGAUGGGACCAAGGACGAAAACAGUGACUACACUCUCUUCAAUCUAAUUCCUGUGGGGCUGCGUGUGGUGGCCAUUCAAGGGGUGAAAGCCAGCCUCUAUGUGGCCAUGAAUGGUGAAGGUUAUCUCUACAGCUCAGAUGUUUUCACCCCAGAAUGCAAAUUUAAGGAAUCUGUGUUUGAAAACUACUACGUGAUCUACUCUUCUACACUGUAUCGCCAACAAGAAUCAGGCCGAGCGUGGUUUCUGGGACUCAAUAAAGAAGGGCAAAUUAUGAAGGGUAACAGAGUGAAGAAAACCAAGCCUUCAUCACAUUUUGUACCAAAACCUAUCGAAGUGUGUAUGUACAGAGAACCAUCACUACAUGAAAUUGGUGAAAAACAAGGGCGUUCAAGGAAAAGUUCUGGAACACCAACCAUGAAUGGAGGCAAAGUCGUGAAUCAAGAUUCAACAUAGCUGAGAACUCUUUCUUUCUUCCCUCGUCAUCCCUCUCCCUCCCCUCCCUUCCCCUUCCCCAUUUCCUUCCAAUAAAUUUCACCCAAGGAGAGAAAAAUAAAAUGGCAAUGCAGGACCUAGUAGCUAAGAUUCUGCACUCAAAAUUUCCCUUGUUUAGGAAAAGAAAAUUGAACCAAAGCUUGCCUGUUGCAAUGUGGUAGAAAAUUCACAUGCACAAAGAUUAGCACAAUUAAAAGGAAAGGAAAAACUAAAUCAGGACUCCACAAACAGAAACUUAAACUGUGUUGUUACUAGAGGGCUAAUUGUAACAAAUGCAGAAGUAUAAUAAAGAUGAAAUACAGUUCUUAAGGAAAAGGUCGUGGAAAAUUGAACUUAGACAAUGAUGUUAGACUCUAACUUGAACUAGAUAAUGCUGUAGUGUGGUUUUGUUCGAUUUUGUAUUUCUUUUGGGCAUCUAGAAUUGACACCAUUACAUUCUGUUUCUAGGGUUUUUUUAAACCAUAAAACUAAAUAUCUAUGAAUUACACUAUUGUAAUGUGCUUAUACAGUAUGUUUAACAUCCAGAAGAGUUUAAAAAAUUACACUUUAAACUGUUAAGAUUUCUUUUGCAAAUGAAUACUCUUGUGUUGAAUCUAAUGGUUUUCAGUGAUUUAGUUCCUUCCUAAAAAGUUUCAGAUUCUUUUUAGAGCUAUCAUAUUUUUAUCAAAGGUGCAAAUCCAGGAUCUCAUUUUUUUUUAGUCAUUUAGUAAAGAAGUUAUUUUCAUAAUUCUGAAGUAACACUGGGGCAUUCCAGGUCAUUACUUUGUGCAGGCAGUAAGGUGUAAGUUACUUGUCUUUAUCCUUUGAACUUAUUUUCUGCUUUGUGGACUCAUUUGAGCGUACCAUGUGUAAGUCUAGCUGUUCUGGUGAGUUUUGUACCAUAUUUCGCAGCAGAAAAAGAGAAAGAUGGGUUUUACAUUCCUAACUUAGUGUCUUAUGAGGCCAGUGGCUUUUUGUUGAAUAUAUUCUCACUGGUAAGUCUAGUAGGGAGAAGGAUCCUAGUGACACAAUGAAUUUUUAAGGACAGGCUGAACGUAGAUGGAAUUAGCAACUUUGACUCUAACAGAGUUGUGUGAGUGAAAAAGAACUCAGCAUAGAAGCAAGCAAGCACACAGUUGGGAAUACUAAGGUAUUAGAAAAAUGUUAGCAAAGAAACAAAUGUUACACAAUUACAUUGGAGUCAAAAGAUCUACUUAGCCCUACAAAUCAGGAAUGGUAUUGAGACAUCCAAAUUCAAACAAAUUAAAACAACACAGAAUGUUUAAAAUGUAUGCAGAUUUAUGGGUAUUAUUAAUAAGAAGACUAGCAUGUAACUUCUCCUAUAUCUCUACUGUCCAGCAUGUACUGUUCCAAUUAUGACUACCUAAAAUAUAUACACUUUGCUGAAGCUCUAGGUCUUCACUUGAACCUUGCCAUUGGUCGCUAUAUUCUUUCAAGAUCAACAUAGUUUCCUUCACUCUGCACAAUCAUUAUUCUUCAACAGUGGUUCUUGUCCUUCACCAAGUACCCUACUUAAUGUUAUUGGGAGGUUGGUAGAAAAAGCAACAGAGUAAUUUGGCUAAUAAGUUAGGAGAAUAAACAUUACCCACACAUCUAGGCAGAGAUUUUGAACACAUAUUUACAAGAGAUACUUGUUAGAUCAAAAUACCUGGAAAGUUACAAAUGAAUAUAUUUAGAUUACAAAAAUAACAACAAAGAGUCUUAUUUGUUUGGAAAAACUGCCCUUGGAAAAAAUGAAGAUCUGGAUAUGUUUUCUUUGUCAUUCUUGAUUCAAUUCGAUUAUGAAUACACCUAUAACUUCCAGGAAGAAAUGGAUCCCAAACACAAGGCCUUAUUUUUUAUUUGAAAUGGUCAAAAAAAAAGCUUAGAGGUCACAGGCUCUUUCAGCAUGAAAUGAGUGGAUCUUUUGUGGUGAUACACACGUACCCCAACACGGCUGAUCAUUUCACAAGUAACAUAGCUGAUGGACCCCACAAUCAUUAAUUACACUGACAUAUGAUGGAAUAGAUUUAAACCAGUUAAUUCUGAAAAGAUAUGAUAGGGGCAUGAAUCCAACAAAAUCUCUUACCCUGUUUUCAGUGGGUGUCUGUCAUUUAACAUUUACACUCAUAUUUCUCUCCUUUCUGGGAACAAUUAAGGCUCAUUCAACUUAGGGGUCUAGUUCAGUGGCAGAGCACUUUUUUUUUUAGCAUACAGGAAAUCCUGGUUUUAAUCCCUAGUACUGGGGAAAGAAAGGAAUCUUCUAACCACACAAUCCAUAUAUUUUCUCCUUAUGGUGUUAAGUAACUAUUCUCUGCAGAGAAAUGCUUUGGAAAUUUGUUUUAUUUACAACUUGUUUCACAGAGUCAAUUGGAAACCUCAUAUUUCUUUUGCACAUAAUCUUGACAAAAUUACACUCUAGAACACAGAAUAAAUGCUUAACUGCAGCUUAAUUUUUAAAUACAUUUUGCUCUUUAAUAGGAAGAGUCAAUAUUCAUUAUGUUUCUAAAAUUACCUAUAUAAACAUGAUUAUCUAAUUCCCUUUAAAAAUGUGAAUCAGGUUUAAUAUUUUGUUCUUCAGGUUUAUUAUAAUAAUAAUACUUUUUACAUUGAUUUUCAUUGUUCUAAUUUCUGGGUCUUAAACUCAUCUAUCACAUAUUCUCUUGUAAAUGGAAUAAACUUUUUUUGAAAUGCACUGAAAUAGUCACAGGAAAAAUAUGGUUUUUAGUAAAGCUUCGAUAUUAGCUCUGGAAGUACAAAUGAAGGCAUGGUUACUCUGAGAGUUUCCAGCGCAAUCUGUAUAUUUGAAAACGGAAACAAAACUUUUGAGAGUUUCGCAAAAUAGCUUUCUGGUCAGCAUACUUUUUAAAGCUAGAUAUUGGAGCUGUAGAAAGAAAAAGUGCUUGGUGUCCCACUUGUUUCAGAGAUUUUUGUGUUUCAGAGAACCAGAAGAUAGCCAACUGUUCUAUUCUUGGUCAUGUUAAUAGUUUUGGCUUUGAAGUAUACAUAUGAAAUUCAUAACACAUAUUUAACCAUCGUGAAUUGGCACAAUAAAGAGACAUCAUAUAAUGCAAUAUGAUUCUUUUGGGGCCUCUUUCUCAUUCAGAAAACAUGUUAAAGAACCUUGUAGUUCAGAAAAUCAUAACAUUGUAGCUAAGUAAUCUCAGUUGGUGGCCUUGAGGCUCCACUGGUAUGAAUCAGAGUAUUACAACAAGAGAAGGAAGAAGAAUGGUUUGAUUGUUGUAUAUGAAAAGGUUGAAGGUCUUAAUAUAGAGCCAGGCUGGGGAUAUAGCUCAGUGGCACAAGCACCUGCCUGGCAAGUGCAAGGUCCUGAGUUCAAUUCCCGGUACCAAAAAAAAAAAUAAAUAAAAAAACUUAAUAUAGGGCCACUGCUUUCUUGGUGGAGAAGAAUCACUACAUCAACAGUAAUUUUUUUGAAUAUAGACCCAGAAAGAGCAAAUCUAUUCUUUCCUCCUCAUGGCUUAGUCUACAAGGCCUUGCUCUUAAGAAAGUUUUCCAUGAUUUGUUUAAUUUCAUCUGCACAAGGUGAGACAGUCAGACCAAAACUCCUUGUUUAUUUUACCACCAUGAAGGCUGAGGUUAUUUCUCUGUCAUAAAACUGUAAAUAGCAUUUUUUUAAAGUCAGAAUCACAUUUAAAACAGUGGAUUGUUCUACAAAUAUAUAUGUGUAUAUAUACAUAUGCUUCUGAGAUGAGGAUAUAUUAUAUAGAGUUUAUAUUUGAUUUGUGGUCUUUAGUCAUAGGUAAUCAAAAUAAAGAGAUUUGAGUGCAAAACUUUAUAUAUAAAUGUAUAUUUCUAAUGACAGUACAAAUGGUCACUUUAUAUUAAAACAGAAACGUGGGAACAAUAAUUAAAGCACAUACUCCUUCGGAAGUUCAGUGAUUUCGAAUCCCCUAUUUAAUGCAGAGAUAAUUAUUUUUAUUUCUAAAAAAAUAUCUUAAAAAGCUACACUUCCCAUUACGAAUCCUACGAUAAGUCAUAUAGAUUGAAAACUUGUGGUUGAAUGUCUGGAAAAGAAAGUUACAUGUUGAUGUUUAUUUAUUAGGAUUUUUCUGGAGCCAAACUGAAAAAUUCAAUAUUUAAAUCAAAUUGAGUUGAACUUACUAAUGUUUUGGGAGAUAUAUUGAUCUUAAAUACUAAACAGAAACAAAAAUAAUCUACCAUGAUCAUAGCAUUAAUGUUAUAAACAACCUUGCAUCAUUAAGUGUUUUAUUAGUUGGAAAGAAUGAGCUGACAUUUCUUUGCCUUUUUUCCAAGCACAAUUAAAAGACAGUGACCUUCACUUUACUUAAAGUUGUUCAAAAGGUCUAAAAUAUAUUCCCAUAAGUAGAAUUGGUACUAGCUCCAUUUCAAGAUUAAAUGUUACAAUCUUAAGAAAUAAUUGACACUGAAAUGUUUAAUAAACAUGUUACAUGAGAAACUGAAGAAAUGGAUUCAUUUUUGCAUUAAAGCACAGAUUACUUAAACCAUUGUUUUUUUGAGAUCAGAUUUGUAAAAUGUUUAUACAUCACAACUUUCCUGAAGUGAAAAGUAAUUAAAGUCUUGAGAUACUCAUGCAUGUAGACACUUUUUUAAAACAUUAAACUUCUUUGAGAAGUCUC